AAAUUGGAGUCCAGACUUGUAUAUUGUCACUUUUGUUGACUAGUAUAUAUAUUUAAGCUAUCAAGUUUCGCCUUAUCCAGCGUGACCUAUAAAGGCUAAAAAAGAUCAAACGACAAUUGUGUUUUCACCGUAGAGAUCCGGUAUGUGACCUAGCUAGAUUUCCGAUUUAAGGAGGAUUGUCACUGGAAUUAACCUUUCAUUGAGGAAGAUUGAACGAUUUAAAAUGGCACAAAGGAGUUUCUCUACAUCGACAUGUCAAGCGGAGUCAUCACAUAGACGUCCUUUAACCUUAAAACUUUCAAAUUGUAAGCAAAAAAGCGAAGAUGAUUAUCAUGCUCAUUCCAAACCAUACAGCGAUGAGUCAGACAGGCUUCGCCGAGUACAGAGUUUUAAGUAUAACAGGAAAUCAAGCAGGAGAUCAAAAGUAAUGUAUCGGGUCAGAGGCAAGUCAAUGAUUAAAGUAAAACUCUCCCCAGUCACGCCUCCUGAAGGAAUCAAUGCAGACUUCGAACUUCAUCUUGAAGGUACAAAGGGAACUCCCUGUGUAACACCGAACAAGUAUGAAAAGUCAUUCAAGUUUUUUGUGGACCCGGACAAUUUAAAAAAUCGUCUAUCAGCAGAUAUCAUUUUCAAAAAAAAUAUGAAAGAGGUGGAAAGAGUACCCGUUUUGGAUCUGCUGGAUAUUGACAAGGCAAAGAGAAUUGAGUGCAAAACGGUUGACCUCCAAGCAUCCCCUCCAGAAUGGAAAUUCUCAGAUCUUAGAACGUUUGACAACAGUGAAGGGUUUUUGUGUGACCAAGAACAAAGGUUUCAAGAGAGAAGAAAACUGUACAUCCUUACUUCUUUACAAAAACUACUUAAUACAGAAUUGAAGGCGGAUGAUGUUCCACACAUUGCAUUGAUGGGGUCAGGUGGAGGAUACAGAGCUAUGGUAGCCAUGUCCGGGAUAAUUAAUGCCCUCUACAAUACAAAAGUUCUUGAUUGCAUCUUAUAUACUGCUGUCUUGUCUGGCUCUUCAUGGUUAAUUGCAACACUAUAUUCGCAUCCUGAAUGGCCAAACAUUGAUCCUAAGUAUAUUCAAAAACAGUUGAAAACUGAUAUAUCUAAAAAUCCGAAAAGCAUAUCGCAAAUAUUGCGGUAUGGUUGGAAUUUCUUUUAUACGAAAUGGGAAGGAAAGUCAUGGAACUUUACAACGGAUGUAUUUGGACCAAUGUUGGGAGGUGUGCUUAUACCAAACAGGUUAAAUUGUAAAUGGAGCGAACAGCAAGAUAAAUUAGCAGAGGGAAUUGUUCCACUUCCAUUAUUGUCUGCCAUUCAUGCAAAAGACGAACAGAAUACCAAAACAUUUCAUGAAUGGGUAGAGUUUUCUCCAUAUGAAGUAAGCAUUCCAAAAUAUGGAGCGGCAAUUGACAUGAAAAAUUUUGGAAGCGAAUUCGACAAAGGACUACUAACACAACGAAUCGACGAAAUUCCACUUUUUAAAAUAAUGGGUAUAUGUGGGAGUGCUUUUACAUUGACUCAUGAAGAGUUGGCGAACAAAGAUUCUAGUGAUUUUAUGACCAAACAGACAAGUGUUAAAUCAAACAGGCAACAUUUAUCUACCAAAAACAAAAAAGAAAAACAUUUAGAUAAAAAAGGGUCUGUCACCUUGGACGUGUUGGACGGUCCUCCCAGAGAACAGGAUGAUAAUGAUAAAGCUAUCGAUUCAUCUGAAAUUGAUGUUCUCGAAAGUGGAUGUGCUUCUUGUGUAGACUUUAAAGAAUCGAAUGUGAGUAACUUUACUGAAAAUGAGGAUGUAUUUCAUGACGGAAAAGAACAAAGAAAACCUCAACUUAUAAGAUCACAACCAAGUGAAGAAGAAAUGGAAGAUUUGUUUGAAAGAGUGUGCCAGAUUCGCAAAGAAGGCGGUCUUAUAUUUGAAGAGGAAAGAACCAGAGAUGAGAGAGUUGUUGGUGAUAUUUUUAAAGAAGGCAUGGCAGAGGCAGAUGAACUCGAUGGUGUUGGCGACUACUGUAAAAAAUUCUUCAUGAAAAGUAGACGUCACAGGGCGGCAAUGGUAAAUAACUUUAUGCGGAAAGUGUCUUUUGAUGAAACAGAUAGUUGCCGUUUGCAAGGAGAUAAAAAUCCUUUAUUUGAGAAUUACUUAAAAAAUGACAUUGAGAAGUUGUGUUUGAUCGAUGCUGGUUUAGCGUUCAACUCUCCGUAUCCACUUCUCUUCAAACCCGGUAGGGACGUAGACCUCAUCCUGUCAUUUGAUUUUACAGACCGAAAAAAAGAUUCCAAUGACCCUUUCAAGACAUUACUAACAGCAGAAGAUUGGGCAAGAAAACAUGAGAUUAAAUUUCCAAAAAUCAACGUUGACAAGUAUGAAGGCAAGAAUGUGCAAGAACUGUACAUUUUUGAAGAUGAAAAUGAUCCCGAAUGUCCUAUUAUCAUGCACUUUGUAUUGGUGAACAAAGAUUUCAGAACGUACAAAAAACCAGGAGUCAAACGAAAUGAAACUGAAAAAGAGUUCGCUAACUUCACAGUAUAUGAUGAUCAGAAAACAUUCAACUGCACCAACUUCCAGUACAGCGCGGAAAACUUUGACAGAUUGUCACAACUUUCUGAGUUCAUAGUUCUGAAUAACAUUGUCCAUAUCAAGGCCUGUAUAACCAAAAGCAUCCAAAACAAACAGAAACGGAAACAGACUGGCAGGCAACGGCAUCCAUCGUCUCCUGUGUAACAUUAUCUACUUGUAUGGAAUAGGACAACCGUCAAAAUUAUAUUCAUGAUGAUUUUAUUUUCGUUACAUGAUAUAUUUAUCAAUAUGACAUUCCUUUUUUUAUUUGUCCUAGUGAUGCCCCUUUGCAUAUUUUUUUAUUCCUUUCUGUUUUUCUUGUGUUGAUAUUACUUUACCAUUUUAGAGUUUUUUCACCCAAUAUGAAAAAAAAAUGAAUUUAACUUUGUGAUAGCAUUUCGUAAUACAAACUACAUAAUACCUUAAAGUUGACUGCAAAUAGCAAAGUCUAGUCGACAGAUGACAGGCUAUUAAUUGCAAAAAUAUGUGUUCAACUCGGUUGGCUCAAAAAGUGGAACAUUGUGUCGAAAAAAAACUUAUUUACUAUUGAUUUCCAAUACUUAAAACAAAAUUAUUUGGUAUCGGUUAUAUUCCGUUAAGACUAUAAUGAUAUUGAAUGAAUGAAUGAAUUGAUAUUUUAUUGCAGAUGCAAAAUUAAUGCUGUAGUAAAAUUACAAAAUAUUUAAAUUGGCAAUUAUAAAAUUAAACAGAGAACAACAUAAUCAAGUCAUAACAAGCGCAGAAAUAUAACUAUUAUGCAAAUAUAAUUAGUGAUCUUAGCUUCCAUGCCGCAGUUAGACAUUUACACAAUUUUCGGUUAAAUUCUCUGUGCUAGCUUGCAAAAGAAAUACAAGUUUUCUAUAAUUUGGCCAUGAACAAUAAUAUUUAGCUAAAAACUGUACCCUCCUAGCUCUAAAAGCAGUCAUAUUGAAAUAUGAACAACGUCGAAUAUUCAGUUUUAGUGUUUGAUUUGUUGGUUUGUUUCAAAUGAAAGUGUUUAUGCAGAACGACUAAAACAAUGUGUCCAUUGACACACCAAAUUUAUUGUCCACUACAUAUAUAAAUUAAACGCUAAGCCUCAUACAAACAAUAUGACUGUUUGUUGUUGAUUUGUUUUUGUUUUUCCGUGUGAAUUUUGAUUAUAUAUUUAUAUACAUAUAGAUUUCCAAACAAUGUAAUUUUAACACACUAUUUAGUAUGUAGAAAUAAAAAAUAAUAUAUAUUUA